CUGCAUUUGUCUAUUUAAUGUGUCGUCAUUUGCGGGUAAUUCCCGCGUGUUACACAUUCGGGUAGAAUGUAUGACGGCAGGGAGUUCGUGUCACUUUAUGACCGUUUGAAGAUUUCUUCUUAUGGUUUUCGUCAUGGUUGCAUUCAGUUAUUCACUGUCUUGUUACUGUUUGCUUUUCAGCAGUCGGUUCUGUACUAUACCAUAUACUAUCUUCGCAAUGAGCCUCGUUUGCUGUAUUUGGCAAUCUUCGACAUAUUAAUUGGCAUCUACUUACUGGGAGGUGCUAUUUCCACUAGAGGUCACUCGUCCACUCGUACGUCGGUACAAUGGCGGCUUUGUUGUACCAGUACGGCAGUCAAGCUGGGUCUUCUUUUACUGUUACCUAGUUAUGAUGACUCAACUUUGACUCAAGGUUUCAAUCGCGUGGAUGCUGAGGAUUAUUUAUCUUUUGUUGGAUUUUACCUCACUCCUGUGAUAUACAUUUUAUUUAAUCGUAUAUCUAAUCGGUUUUUAUUUAACCGUGAGAAGCGCAACGUCAAUGUGGAUGAAUUGUUACAUUCCGAUUUAGCUUUGGCUACUGCUCUUGAUUUAUGGGACAUUGUGAUAAUGGUGAACCAUUUGUUCAGGAGAUACCGCUCGGUGCAGACCUCUGCUAACAUGGAUUUAUGGGAGGAUCGCAAUUUUGUGGCUUACGCUUUUUUAUGUACUCUUAGUAUGUUUCUAUUAGGGUUCGUAUCGCCUACGGUUGACAGUGAUCUUGACCCCGGCUGUGACAUUUUAGAGCACCGUCGUUUGAUAUGGUACAGUAUUCUUGCUUUUGUCCGUCGUUGUUUGGGUUUAUCUGCUGAUGACUUGCGAUUUCGUCGUGGCGGUAAAUACGGCGACAUGGGUUUUGACAUUCCCGAGCCUUUACGUGGUGUUAAAUCCAAAUCAACUCUCAAGGGUCAGUACCUCGACAUGUUUACUAUUGCCAAGUAUACCUUCCUUAUCGGUUUUUCCUUGGUAGACAUACCAUUUUUUGUGUAUCGUGUUGUGUUGUUAGCGCGUAAGAAUGUAUUUUCAUUGAUGUUGUACAAGAAUUUGCUGGGUAUAUUCAUUCGUCCAUACCGGUUGACAUUAAGCCAGCUUGCUGAGCGUGACAGUGCCAAAGGUUGGCAGAGUGCAUUUUUUGAGGCUGCUCCAUUAUUUAAGGACCCAUUUGCUAAGCGUUUGAUCCAGGAGGACUUGAAGAAUCUGGAGACACCGUCUGCACCUGCUUCUGAGCGUCAGUUAUCUGCCAAGUUGACUAAUCGUAAUCUGUUAAAGGGCAGUCUAUCUAGUGCGUCCAUAUCCCACACGAAGAGUUACAUUCGCAACAUUUUUACAAGGGCUGGUAGUACUACACCUCAGGAGAAUUUGGUAUCUCGUGUUACUAAGAAGUUUCCUACAUCGCAGGUCCCAUCGGAGGAACGUAUUAAUGAGGUUCCAUCUGCUGACAAGAUGGUCGCUCGUUUACGUUUUACUUCUUCGCAUCCCUCUGGGUCAUAUCACGAAUGGUCUUCUCGUGUAUCUGAGCCUGAGGCUCCUGUGGCGCCGCCUAAGGUAGAUGAAAAUGCUCAGCAGGUUCGUUUAUCUUUAUUGCGUAACUUAAGGCGCCACCGUGAGGUUCCCGUGGCUUCUAUGAAUCCUAAGAUGUUCUUUGAAACGUUACGCGACCAAGUAUCAAAAUUAUUUGCUGUUGAUCCUCGUUUUGCUAUGGAGGAGGAUGAGUUUGUGAUCGAUUCAGGGCAAUUCGACUAUCUGCGUAUGCUUAUUGCCGUGGGCAUAAGUUUGAUAUCUAGGAUCUUGAUUGUGAUUUUUUGUUACUCCAGAGCCAGUGAAGUGCGUUCUCCCCGUUUUAUCUUUGGUUCAACGGUAUCUACGGCUACUGGUUUAGAGCUUCUUGUUUACGGUAUGGUUGUAUUCGCUCCUAUAUUAGAAAUUGGCUUAUUCUACCGCGUUCAGUGCUGUAACUUAUUCGAUUGCAUCUGUUUCGGUAUACAGGAAUUACUCCAGCUGUGUAGUUUCGUUACUUGUGUGUGUUGUCUUCGUGGCUUUGUUGCUGACCCUGGUUCUGUUUUCUAUGCUAUGCAAGUAUCUGCCCUAGUUCUUUGGCCUGUAUUUCUCGGGAUGCUUCUAUUGGUACAGGGAUUUUUCGGCAGUUUAACUGUUAUUCGAUUGGUAUAUCUCUUGUGUAAGUACAGUGCAUGUCCUGUAGGUCUUCAUCACAAGCCAUUUUGUCUCGACAUUAUGAAGAGUACGAUGUUAGCUGAUCGUCUCCUACAUGUUCAGUGGAGUGCAUACUUAUGUAGUGCCUUAUUUCGUGCACUUUGCUGUUCAUUUUCACCAACGAAGACGGAGGUGAUUAUAAUUAUUGUUGACCUUCUUAUUCGUUUGACGUAUGUCAUCUUCUGUCAGACCAUGCGUACUAUGAUGUUGCGUAAGUUUGAGGUCCACUACCUCAUAAUGCGAAUGAGUAACGCCAUCACAUCUGACUAUAUGCCUCCAUCAGAUACGUUUUCUUUGUUUUCGGAUUCGAACGUCCACUUUGUGACGCCUUCUGAUGUUGAGAGUUACAUUAAGGACCAGGGUUUACUCUCAUCCCCUGGUAUAAUAUUCCCUGCAUUUUUAUAGCAGGC